ACACGAGUUAGAUGAAUUGACUCAUCUUCGUUGCGAAUUGAAAAGCCCAAAACUGAAAUUUUGUUUACGAAAAUCCGCCUCGUGUCGUGAAUGAAAAACUUUCAUCGGGAAAAUUUCGAUUUCGUAGUGAAAUAAGUUCACUAAAUUCAGAAAAAUGGGUAUCGACGUAAAACACCGAAACAAGAAGAAAACUCCGAGGGAUUAUCCUCUCUCUCAGGAUGUUUACCGUUUGUUGUUAGUAAAACUGUACCGAUUCCUCGUCAGGCGAACGGAAUCCAAAUUUAAUAGAAUAAUCCUGAAGAGAUUAUUCAUGACGAAAGUGAACAGACCGCCUGUAUCUCUUUCUAAAAUCGCUAAAAUGAUGUCGCAUAAAGGUCGUGAAUCGCGUAUUGCUGUAAUCGUUGGUACCGUUGUCGAUGAUCCUCGUCUCUUCAAGCUCCCUAAUUUGAAGAUUUGCUGUCUCCGUAUAACUUCAAAAGCCAGAGCUCGCGUUUUGAAAGCCGGUGGUGAAAUUUUGACAUUCGAUCAGCUCGCUUUGAAAGCCCCAACUGGUAAAAACACCGUACUAAUGCAAGGAAAACGUUGCGAUAGAGAAGCCUGCAAACACUUCGGAAAAGCUCCAGGUGUACCGCAUUCGCACACUAAACCGUAUGUCCGUUCUAAGGGCAGGAAAUUCGAACGUGCCAGAGGUCGUAGACGUGGUUGCGGUUAUAAGAAAUAAGACAAACGUACCGUUAAUAUCCAAUUUUCUGUUUUAUAUAUUUUGAGAAAAAUAUGUCGUCUUAAGAUCAUUAUUUCGAAGGAUAUCAAUAAAGUCCCUUUGAAUUUUGUUA